AAGAAGCGAACGAAGCGACGCCUCUGGAUAAGAUUAGGGUUAGGGUUUUCCUGUGGCGAAUUCUCAGUGCGGGUUUCCGGUGAAAUUCGCAAAGCAAAACGGAGAAGAGUCGAUGGGGAGACAUCGGAGCAGGAGUCGCAGCCGCAGCCCGGCUAGAAGAAAGCGUUACGACGAUCCCCGUGACCGCCGUCAUGAUCGCCGCUCUCCGGCCCCGUCUGGACUUCUUGUUCGAAAUAUUUCUCUGAGCGCUAGGCCUGAAGACCUGAGGGUUCCAUUUGAGAGGUUUGGUCCAAUUAAGGAUGUCUACUUGCCCAAAAAUUACUACACGGGUGAGCCUCGUGGCUUUGGAUUUGUCAAGUUCCGCUACCCUGACGAUGCAGCUGAGGCGAAAAGCCACCUGGAUCGCUCAGUUAUUGGAGGACGUGAAAUCAGGAUUGUUUUUGCUGAGGAGAACAGGAAAACUCCUCAAGAAAUGCGUAGAAUUUCACGCACAAGUUCCCGAGGAAGCUACCGGAGACACAGUCCAUCAUUUUCCCCUAGGCGUCGCCAUAACUCUGAAUCACGCUCUCCUUCUCCAUCAAGGCGCUACUCAAGAGACAGAGGUCAUGGAGCCAGAGACUAUAACCCGUCUCCGCGACGAUCAAGAUCCAUCUCCAGAUCAGUUUCUCCUAGAGAUGACAGGACUCAUAAGCCUCGUGGAAGAUUGCCAAGGCAUUCUAAAUCACUUUCUCGCUCGAGAUCUCCUGAUGAUAAGAAUGUGGAUAAGCCCGCCAAUCUCACCCCAAGUCCUGGGGAAAAUGGUCAGACUCGUCCACUUCCAAGAAAGUCGGAGAGUCCAAGAAAGGUUUCUCGAAGUCCUGCAAGGUCCCGUUCUAGAUCAUACAGUCCUUGACGAUUUGGUGGCGUCGUCCUUCCUGUUCUGCAUCAGUUUGCGGUGAUGCCCAAGUGAAUGGAAAAUAUGUCAAAAACUUUGAGGUACGACUGAGAUGCUAUUUCGACAGUUUUAAGUAUGUUUGGAUGAACGUAGUUACUAUUUCUUGAGACACUUUGUGUUUGCAAGUUAUGUUUUUGAAUAGAUUGGUUUUGUUAGUGAUUGAAUAUGGUAUGAAUGUUUUUAUUGAAAUUCACAGUUUUAUUCAAUAGUAGGCGUAGUCGACCACCGAUAUGUUUUGUGCAAUGCUUUGAGUAGGCUUUAGAUGUAUAACAUUGUGCAAUAUUGUUGGAUCUAUCUAUAUGUCUGUUCUGUUGUGUUU